AUGUCGAUGGCUGCAGGAGAACACCAUCAAACUAUAGGGCAAUAUCAACAGCCCCAUGAGCUUGAUGAGAAGCCUCGAGGAAGGGAACGAGAUAGAGAGGGUAUGGGAGAAGGAAGUGGAACUUCCGGUCCUGGUGGACCACUGAGUAGCAGCACAGAACCUCAAACACGGAAAAGGAGGAGGAGCAGAAAGGGGAUGGAGAAAACUUUUACUUGUCCGCAGCCAGGAUGUGGAAGGGCAUAUUCGAGAGCAGAGCAUCUCUACCGGCAUCAACUUAACCAUCAACCCAAGCAGAUAUACUUUUGCGAUUUCCCCGAUUGCAAGCGGUCAUUCGUUCGGCAGGACCUCUGUACACGACAUCGUGAUCGGCAUACAAACCGGGGCUCUCAACUCCAGAGGAAGGACAGCUUCUUGAACAACCCCGUUGGUGCAGCUGCAAGGAAUAUUCUUCAGGAUCGGAAAAAUUCGAUGACUUCCAUGACCCAAGGGUCAUCCUCACCCGAGUCUCCAACCACCCCCAGCAUUUCGAUGAAGGCCGAAGAUUCACCGAUCAUGACACCGAAUGGAAUACAUUCUAGAGGACCUCUGGAUAUGACCGCUUCCCCUGAAACGUCCUCGGCAACAUUGCCUGGCUCUUCAAGUUCGAUUUCUGAAGCCUCGCAAAUGAACGGUAACCAAAUGUAUGCUGGUAUGAAUCAUCAGAAUCAACAGGUUUCUCAGGCCAAUAGACCGACUAUUCAAACCAUGGCUGGAACACCCAACAUGAACGGUCUAUCCUUACAGUCGCCUUUUUCCGCAACAUCUUCAUCUUCGGGAAAUCCUUAUUCAGGGCACCCAGCUACUGCCGGCGUAUCUAUGCCAAUGGCCUCAGGCGCAGCUUCGAGUCCAGGGACGUUUGUUCCUUCGUCUGCAUUCGCAACAUUCUCUCUCCCUCAACCAGCUUACCCAAACCUAAGUCAGAGCAGUGCGCCGAAUAAUGGGCACACUGGAUACAUAACCUCACCACCUACUAGCUCGUCACCUGGAGACCAACAAGGGCCUACUGGAGCUGCUACAACCUCUGCGUCGGACUUUGACAUCAUACAGUAUACCAUCCCGAUGUUUGGCGGAGAUGGGUAUACUCGAUCCCCAAACUGGAUGGCUAACGAUUUCGCGUCUUGGUUCUUCGAUGAUCCUUCAAUGGGAAUUAACUCGCAGAGGCAAGCUUCAAUACCGGGCAGCUAUGUAGAAAAUCUGAAUGCCAUGUCUCCUCAAGGUUACUAUAUGACGGGCCACGACUUCAGCGGUGGAGGUUUUUAUCCUUCUCCUUUGCCACAACAUCCAAUGUCAGUCACCAGUCUUAUCGCGCCUCCAAGCCCGCCUCAGGAAUCUCUUCUGUCAGAGCACAGAAGACUAGAACUGUCGUAUAUCUCGGAUUACUGGACUCAUUUUCACCCCCAGCUACCCAUCCUUCACCGGCCAACGUUCUCUGCCGACAAGACGCAGAACUAUCUACUUAUCACAAUAAUUGCCAUUGGAGCUUCCAUGAUGGAGUAUAAAAGGGAUCCUACAACAGCAGAAGCAGCAUGUGCGCUAGCUGCAAAACUGGCGGUUGGUGUCCGAUGGUCAAUAUUUGCCGAUCAGGAUUUUCGGCCUCCAGCAAAACUUUGGGUAUUUCAGGCUUUACUUCUUUUGGAGACCUUUGAAAAGAUGUUUUCGAGUAGGCAGCUUCAUGAGCGUGCGCAUAUUCACCAUGCUACUACGCUCACUCUGAUGAGACGAGGAUCUUCGUUGACUGGAAGUGUAAUAUUUUCUGGCCAAAUCUCCGGAACAAAUACUCAAGACGAAAACUGGAACCGGUGGAUUGUUAGCGAGGCAACAAGACGAGCGGCCUUCGCAGCCUUCGUGCUAGACUCGACCCACGCCACAAUGUUCGGUCAUUCGGCAGUCAUGGUUGCACAUGAAAUGCGAUUACAGUUACCUUGUGACGAGACCCUAUGGGCCGCAACAAGUUUCAGCGAAGUGUGCAAAAUCGAGCAGUCUCUGAACCAAGCAGGAGUCAAGCAAACAACCUUCCUGGAAGGACUGAAGAAGACUCUGAACGGGCAGAAUGUACGAACAAACUCCUUCGGGCGAACAAUCCUCAUGGCUGGUUUGCUCAGCGUAAGCUGGCACAUGCAUCAACGAGAUCUUCAAGUGACGUCCCUCGGCGUUGCAACCCAGCUAGGCGGACAAGUCAAAUGGCGCCAAGCACUAACCAGGUCUUUUGAUCACUGGAGGAAGGAUUUUGAUGCUGCUUUGGCUGGCAUUCGGACAACCUUUGAGGGUAUGGAUUAUUUUAUUCCCUCAACUGAGGAUAUAGAGCAUGAAAAUAUCUUCGAAAGUCGAACCGUUUUGCACCACUUAGCCCACAUGUCAAUGCACGUCGAUAUAGUGGACCUUCAGAUCUACGGUGGCGCGAAACGUUUGUUGGGUCGAACCAUAACACCAAACGAUGCUGGCAUGGCUCGUAAGCGGAUGGAAGCCUGGGCCCCUAGCGCGAGGGCGAGAGAUGCCACAUUUUACGCCCUUCGAUUCUUGAGCCAGGUAAUGCUGCCAGAAGAGCGAUUAGACAUGUCUUUCGACAAUGAGCAUCCAGGGACGCCGGGAUCAAUAAAGAGAAUGGCCGCAACUACAGGGGUGCCGAUAUACAACGCUCGAGAUGACCACCUUCUCAACCGACCUUGGGUUCUUUACUACGCUUGUUUAGUCGUUUGGUCCUAUGGAUUUGCGCUAGAAGGCGUCCUUAAGGGGCCCAUUCGACUUCCGACAACCAGCCAAGAGAAAUAUGCAGAUAUGAGGGCGUAUCUAAACAGGGUAGCAACUGUACCUUCGCCGGAAGGGCUGACGGAAAUUCGUGACAAGAAUGCCACUUUGGGGCUAGUUAUGACUUUGCAAGAGAUGUUCCAUAAUUCGGGCUGGGAACUAUUGGACGAGGCGUCGCGAUUGCUACAGCAGUGUAUCAGGAUUUUGGUUGGAGAAGUCCCACAGAAGUGA